AUGCUGAUAGCCGAGGCGAUUGGCACUUAUCUGCUUGUGCUGUUUGGCGCGGGCGCGGUUGCCACCGAUGUAGUCACAGUGGGCAUCUACGCCACCGUUGCCAUAUCCGGCGCUCACCUCAAUCCCGCCAUCAGCCUCGCCUUCGCCGUCUUCCGCCGCAGCGAGUUCCCUGUCGGCAGGAUGGUCUCCUACUGGGGGGCGCAGCUAGCGGGAGCUUUCGCUGCGGGGUUGACGCUCUUUGCCGUGUUUUCGCCGUUCGUCGAGCGCCUGGAACGACUGAACGGCUACAUUCGGGGCGCGCCGGGCAGCGAAUACUCCGCGAUGAUAUUCAGCAAGCACUUCCCGGACCCGGGCACGUUCGGGAUAGAUGAAGCCGCCCGCUCCCUGCUGUCAGCGCCGGCUGCCGCAGCCAUCGAGGGAUUCGGCACGGCAAUUCUCGCGUUUGUCAUCUUCGCUGUGUUCGACAGGCGCAACACUGCGCUGACGAACAGCAACCUGGCACCGCUCCUGGUGGGACUGACGGUCGCCAUACUUAUAGGCAUGUUCGGGCCGCUGACCCAUGCGGGCUGGAAUCCUGUGCGCGACUUCGGUCCCCGAAUCGUUGCGUUCUUCGCGGGCUGGGGCAGCAUCGCCAUACCGGGGCCGACCGGCGGCUUCUGGGCAUACAUCGUCGGCCCGCUCGUGGGCGCUCCAAUAGGCGCGGCGGUGUAUGAGUUUCUGCUGAGACCAGGACUGCCCCCGGAGCAUCAGGACAGCCUUUCUCGCAACGGCUCGGCGGACGCGCUAGGCGAAUACGAGCCUGCAUCGAAUGCACGGGAUGGCGGCGCACGGGAUGGCGACACGCGCGACGGCAUAGAAUGA